AUGGGACACCCGAAUGUGCCGCUCAUUUACACUUACACACAUUCCCAGAGGAAGAAACACAAAUCCAAUCGACAGGAACCUUACCCACAAAACGAUAACCUGAACAAUGCGUUAGGAGCCAUCAGAGUCCUUGGUUUGGAGCUCAUUGCGGACGAACUUAAACCACAUCUGAACACAGUGCUGACCAACAUUAAGGACAGAAAUAAAGGCGCUGCUGAGCAAGUGGUGAUCAGUGGUAUCCUGCCCAUUCUGGCCCUGUCUCUGAGGACCAGAGGGUCUCUUACCUUGCUGACCGCAAAGCUGGUGGCUGAGCUGGCCAAGGACUCUUUGAUUCGGAAAGGUUUUGGUGAUGCAGGUUUGGGAACCGCUCUGCUGUCUGUGCUGACCAGUCCAGACCACGAUGUGCUCCUCUAUGCUGCAAGAGCAAUCUCACGCAUGUCUUAUGACAGCUCUAAACUCCAGGAGCUGCUCCUCCGCCGAGGUGCUGUUCCUCGUCUCGUCGCCAUCCUGCUCCGUUUCCACGAUAAGGAGGCCCUGGAGGAGGUGUGUCUUCAGGCCCUCUGCAAUGUCAGUGGCAUGGGAGUGGCAGAAGAGGCCGGGAUGGUGUGGGAGAGAGGUGCAUCUGUGAGACCGGGGGAAUCGGUUUAUCACGGCAUCUCUCCUCACACCUGUGGUUUCGCCUCCUCUGUGAUUCUGGUGUGUGUGUCUCAGUGGGCACCCGGUCAGUACGCGGUCAAAAUCGAGGUGUUCCAGCGCUGCUCUUCCUCUUUUUGGAGCCUUCAUGGGAACAAACAGGGAGCUAGCUGGUUCCCGUUCUCCAGCCUGGGCAGCUGCUCAAACCUGUACAAGGUGAUCAAGUUCUCCACUAAGAACAUUCCUCGAACUAAAAGCCUGAGGUCUCGGGUUUUCCAUACUUUACUCUAAGAGCUGAAAAACUACAAACAUGGUGGCCCAAGAACUUUUGUGGAAUUACUACAACCACUAUUCCAAAACAACUGAGGCACAUCUGAGGCAGCAAAAGCCAAGAAAGCCCCAUUAGGUCCCAUGUUAAAAUGGAAUAGGAGAUUAACAUGUUUACAGCCUGGUUCAAGAAACAGUAUUGUCCUGCACUAAAAUGUUACGCAUACAUUGCAUAAUUUGGGGCGUGACUAAGUUGCCCGACAGGUUUACGUUGUAGCUGUUUGCCUGGAAGCUUAUGGCUCCCUCAGCUCCACCCUUUGCCUGUUAUUAGACUUAUCAACAGUCAGGGGUUCCUUUGGGGUUUUAAAAAGCUGCCUCAGAAAACAAUAGGUGAUGUCGUUGAGAUUAAACCCAUGUUUUAUACAGUCUGUGGUUUAAACAGCAUCAACCUGGACAUAGACACAUGGAGAUAUUCAAACAAAUGCUUCCUAAUGCCUCUUGUGUAUUCCCUUAUAACCUAAACUUUACAUUUAUGCAGGCGAGUGUGUUUGUUGGCAUUUUUGUGUAGUUUGUUUCUUAGGAAAAGACUCCAAAGUAGAACUUUUAAAACCACAUGCUGUAGGGAAACAGUCUGUCAUGGAUUGUUUCAUAAAUUCAGGAAUUAUGGGCUCCCAUGCCCCACAGUGCUGUUUGUGAAUCAGGGUCAUAGGACAAAGCUAUAAAUCAUUGAGAAUUAUGUAUCUGAAGAGGACAACCUUAAAAAUGAAUGCCGCGAUGAUGUCAUUAGUGUUGAUUUGUUCACAAGUGCUUGAAUUAAUCGUCCUUGGCAGCAAUAUUGAUCGUGUUUUUUCCUCGAUGCUGAGUAUCAGACUUCAUUGUAGUCCAUCCAGGUUUACUAAACAAUAUUGAUUAAUCAGAUAUCUCUGACAGUUACCUUAGAUGAUGAAAGACACUGAUUUUAACAUGUUUACAUGUCCAUACAGCCAAUAAACAUGGUUUCAGUUAUUUGUGCUCACCAAUAAGUGAUAUGCAUGAAUUUUUGACCGCUUUGUUCUCGUAUACAAUCUCAACUAAUGUGAAAACAUAUUUCUCUUCCAUUCAAAA